AUGCAUCGGAGCUUUGCUGGCCUCAAAACCCAUCUCGACCUCCGCUUCCUCAAGGCCCGACGGAACUGCCGGCUGUUGUGGUGCGCGAUGUGCGGGUCUGGCAUCUGCCUCAUUGCCUGCGCGACGGGAGCUGCAAUAGCUGGCCUCGUCAUCGCCACCCAUGCCAUGGCCGCAUUGUUGGCAGCGGCUCCUGCCUGUGCAGCGCCGCGUGUUUCCUGCUGCUCAACCCUCGCUUGGAUGAAACGCCUGCAGCAACACAUGGACCGGCUUGACGCCGCAGCCAGGGGCGCCGAUGUGCUCAACAAUGACAUGGACACCAUUGAACGGCUGGUGGAUAGGCUCCACGCCACUGUCAAGGGUGACAAGAUCUUGGUUAGGCUAAGGCUUGAGCGCGGGAGGGGGCAACACCACACCAUCGAAGAGGUGGUGCGGCAGCUCCGAAAGAACCAUCCUAGCCUACUAUGCCAGCUCGCCGACCUCGAGGAGCACAUCUGUCUCUACUUUGCAGCCGUUAACCGUGCAAGGCUAUUCCUUGUACACCACCUCAAUGCCCAGUCUGAUCCCAACGCCGAGUUGCCUCUCUAG